AUAGAAACUGUUCUUCUACCUGGAAAGAUCAACUAUGAGUUCUAUACACAAACCCACAAUUUGACGUCUCACCUGGCUGAGGUCGUUUAGCAGCACUCUAAGGCCACUGCGGCUGACCGAGCUGUUCUCAAUUCCCUGCCUCGCACUGCAGCUAACAGCCAACUGGAACAGAGCUACAGGAAAAGCAGAGACCGUCUCAUGACUCAACUGCAAAGACUGCAACCACACAAGAACCUUCAUGCAGACUCUGCUUGAAAGCAAGACUUUCUUCAUCGACACUCUGUCUGCAGAUGCCAGCUUUGUCUUGCAGCAUGCUGAGCAGAGUAAAAUCAUCACCAAGCGGGAGUACAGCAACCUGAACCACCCUAACCACACCCAGGAGAACAUCAUCAUUAAUCUUCUGGACAAGGUGAUGAACAAGGGGGAUGAUACAUGUCGCAGAUUCCUACAGCUACUACAGGACAACGAGCUGCAGGAGAAUUUCCCUGGACUUAAGGAGCAUUUCAGACCUCCGCAACCAGCACUAUACGAUGAGAUCGGUGAAUACAAGAUGUCCAGCGUUCCACGUGGUCUCUGUGUGAUCAUCAACAAUAUAGUGUUUGAACAACAAUCAGACAACAGGGCAGGAUCUGAAGUUGAUGAAAAGUCUCUUAUUGAGGUGUUCUCCUGGCUGGGGUUCACUGUGGAGGUGCACAGAGACAAAACUGCACCGCAGAUGAAAGACCUCCUGAAGGAUCUCAGCCAGAAGGACCAUGAAGGUGACUGUUUCGUUUGCUGCAUCCUGAGCCAUGGUGGUGGUAAAGAGGUGUACGGCACUGAUGGAGGUGCCGUCCCCAGUGAGGACAUCUUCGGUCCAUUCAGAGGAACCUCCUGCCAAAGCCUGGCUGGCAAACCAAAAGUGUUCUUCAUCCAGGCCUGCCGUGGGAGAAAAUAUCAGCUCCCAGUUCAAGUCCAGGCUGAUAAUCUUGGAGGAGAUGAUGCAGCAGAAGAAGCAGUGUUGGAGACGGAUACCCUUGAGAUGAUCACCAUCCCAGCUGAUGGAGAUUUCCUUGUGGCGAGGUCAACCGUUAAGGGUUUUUACUCAUUCAGGAGCACAGAAUCAGGCUCCUGGUUCAUCCAGUCUUUGUGUAAGCAGCUGACAACACACUGUCCAAAGGGUGAAGACAUUCAGUCUAUCCUGCUCUGUGUGAAUGAAGACGUCAGUAAGAAUGUUUCGAAACUUAACCGCAAGCAGAUGCCAGUCCAAAGAGUGACCUUGAGGAAGAAGCUGGUGUUCCGUGUGCCCAGCUAGAAGAACGGCGCCAUAAUACUGAAACGUUCAAAAUGGGCUCUUCUUCUAAUUCUUUUCUGGACCGGUCUACUUUUUUCUGUUAUACCAGUCCGUUUUCUUGAAUUCUCUUUUCAAAAUGAGUAAACAGGGAAGCUAAAUUGAAUCAGUAGCGUCUAUAUUUGUAGCUUUAAACCAUAUCUGAUCUUCAGAUCUAGUGUUUAGAUGUUUCUCUACAAAUGAUCCGCAACUAGUUUUGGUUUUACACAAUAAAACUAUGUACUGUGAAUUGACUUAUGACCCAUAAAUAUGUAAAAAAAAAUAUGGGGGAACUGUUUUCAUGCAAAGAAGUAAUUAAA